AUUCAUUCAUUCCAAAUGAAAAUUUUUUCAAAGCGCAAAAAAGAUGUUCGAAUAUUAGUUUUAGGAGAAGAUGGCGUUGGAAAAACAUCUAUUAUACUAUCUCUAGUAACAGAUGAAUUUGCUAUUGAAGUUAACCUCUAUUCUAUUUAUAAAUUAAAAUUGAUUAUGCUAAAGGUUCCACCUAGGGCCGAGGAAAUAACCAUUCCAGCAGAUGUUACUCCUGACAGAGUACCCACAUAUAUAGUUGAUUUUUCAACUCAAGAACAAAGUGAAGAUGUACUAAUCGAAGAAAUUCAAAAGGCAGAUGUCAUAUGCUUAGUAUAUGCUAUCAAUGAUGAUUCGUCUAUUGAACAACUGAAAAACUAUUGGUUGCCCAUAAUUCGUAGAGUGUUAGGGGAACACGGAAUUCCUAUUAUACUAGUGGGUAACAAAUAUGACGAGAUGUCUCAGAGUAGUAUGGAGAAAAUAGUUCCUCUCAUGAACACCUUUCCCGAGAUUGAAACAUGUAUAGAAUGCUCUGCCAAAUGCUUGAAGAAUCUAUCCGAAGUAUUUUACUAUGCGCAAAAAGCCGUUCUAUAUCCCACCUCAUCUAUAUAUCAACCCUUCGAUAAAGAGCUCACACCUAAGUGCGUUCAGGCUUUGACCAGAAUCUUCAAGAUUUUCGACAAAGACAACGAUGCCCUAUUAAACGACGAAGAAAUCAACGAUUUUCAAGAUUAUUGCUUCAAUAUCCCACUGCAAGAUGAAUCGUUGGACGAAAUUAAAAAUAUAAUCAGGAAGAAUAUCAAUGACGGAAUUUUUGACAACUCGCUCACUUUAAAUGGAUUCGUUUUUCUGCACAAAUUAUUUAUCCAGAGAGGUAGGCACGAGACCACUUGGGCCGUUUUGAGAAAAUUCGGUUAUGACGACGAACUCAAUCUAUAUCGAUUAUAUCUCAAUCCAAACUUCAAAGUUCCAUAUGGAUGUACUGCAGAACUGACGGAUCAGGGGAACGCUUUUUUAAACUGCCUAUUCCGAAAAUACGACGAAGAUUUAGACGGCGCUCUAUCGCCUUCAGAGUUAGUCAACUAUUUUUCAGUCUAUGGGGAUCAAAAUUUCAUGGCGCAUGAUCACGAUGACAUGGGAGAUUUUGAGAAUAUAGGUGGCGAUUCAAGUUUUGACAUGUUGCCGGCUAAUUUUUCCGAUUUUAAAGAAACAUUUUGGGGACCUUCUAUGUACCAGGCCGUUGAGGUCAACGACAAAUCAUGGCUGACUAAAGAAGGGUACAUGGCUUAUUGGAACUUGAUCAUACUGUUGGAUCAGCAGAAGGCCUUCGAAUAUUUGGCAUAUUUGGGAUAUCCUAUCAACGACGAAGACAAUCAAACGUCCUCUGUUCAAAUCACUCAGAGCGUAAAAAUGGGAAGAUCCAAAAAGUUUUUGCCACGUUCGGUAUACCAUUGCGAUGUUAUAGGAUCAGAUGGUGUCGGAAAGACCACGUUCCUGCAAGGUAUGUUAGGGAAAAAUUUGGAGUCGAUAAAGUCUUCGAACACUUGUAAAUAUUCUAUCAAACGUUUCAAGCUAUAUUCGUAUCAAAAAUAUUUAGCGUUACACGAAGUACAUUUAUCAACGCUUGAAAAAUCGGACGGCAAAAAACAUUAUUGCGAUUGCGUUUGCAUGGUUUACGAUACACAAAAUCCUCGAUCUUUUUUUGCUUGCGCUAGAACUUAUAAAAAAUACUAUCUAGCCAACAAGAUUCCCGCGCUUAUCUUCGGCAUGAAUUUAUCCUCCCAAUCUUCUCAGCCUAAAGAAAACUAUCUCACCAACCAAAAAUUACCAAAUAACGAGUCAUCAUCGCCCGAAAUAGAUACCGAAAAAAUAUAUGGCGACGCGACGUCUUUUCAAAAUUUGGGACCGGUUCAAUUUGCUUCUAAGUACCGACUUAAUCCGCCCAUGAUUUUGUCGGGCCCACCUCCAACCUUCGGUUAUAACGGGGAUUUAUACCUUAAAAUAUUGAAACUGGCCGCUUACCCGAACUUGAAACUCUAUCAUCAAGAAAAAUCGAAUUAUUGGCUUAAAUUGAGUAUAGGCACGGCGUGUAUCACUAUUUUCGCUUUGAUCGUUUUCAAAUUUUGGAAAACUAAAUGAAUGGCCACAACAACAUAAACUUUUUUUUCUCUUUAUAUACUUUCUAUUAUAAUAUUUAUUUUUUAAACGCUUGAUUAUUAAAAUAUUCAGCAAAACUUACUUAAAUUCCAUAACUUAUUUCCAAAAAUCUAAAUGAACAAAAACAAGGUGGUAUUCAAACUUCCUAGUUUAUUUUUAUAGUUAAUAAAUUGUCUUUUAUAAAUUUAAAAAAAAAUAUAUAUUGGCUCAUAUUAUUUGUAAAUAUUUUUUGAUAAUAAUUAUUUUUAUUAGCUUAAUAAUCGUAAUGACGACCACGAUGUGCAUUUUUAUGUC